AUGGCGGAAUUUGUCACCGAAGGAGCGCCAAACACCUCCUACUUCACCCCGGCGCAGGUUCCUCCGGCAGGUGCAGCCGCACCGUCGAAGGAUGGGAAGCCAAUCCCGUCGCUCUUCCAGCCUCUCAAGAUCAGAGGGGUUGAGUUCCAGAAUAGGCUCUUUAUGUCGCCCAUGGGUCUCGCCUCUGGGAAUAGCGACAGUACUGUCACCCCCUUCCACACCGCACUAGUGGGCGGAGUCGCGCUGCGUGGCCCAGGCCUGACCUUCCUCGAGGCGACCGCCAUAUCCCCGGAGGGCCGCGCCACGCCGCACGACAUCGGACUGUGGUCCGACCACCAGAUCGCGGCUCUUCGCGCGCUCGUCGAGUUCGCGCACAGCCAGGGCCAGAAGAUCGGCAUGCAGCUCGCGCACUGCGGCCGCAAGGGCUCCGUUCCACCGUUGUGGCUAGCGCCGUUCCGCGUCGCGAUCCCGAACGCCCUUGGGGGAUGGCAGGACGACCUCGUCGCGCCUUCGCCGAUCGAGUACUCCGAGGUCCCUUCGACCAAGCCCUCGGAGUUGGAGCAGAGGCUCAGGGGGAAGGAGCUGGAAACGGCUGAGGGGAAGCCUGUAGCGCCGCACCCGCCGAAGGAGCUCACGAAGUCGGAGAUCCAAGACAUGGUGGCGAAGUGGGCCGCGGCGGCGGAGAGAGCGGUCGAUGCGGGGGUUGACGUGAUCGAGAUACAUGCGGCGCACGGAUUCUUGCUGCAUCAGUUCUUGAGCCCGAUGACGAACAAGCGCACAGACGAGUACGGCGGGAGCUUCGAGAACCGCGCCCGGCUGACGGUCGAGGUGGUGGAUGCGAUCCGGAAGGUCAUCCCUGAGUCUGUCCCCCUCUUCCUGAGGCUCUCGGCGACGGACUGGCUCGAGAAGGUCCUCCCAAACGAGCCUUCAUGGCGCAUCGAGGACUCUAUCCGGCUCUCCGAGCUUGUCGCGGCGCAUGGCGUCGACCUCAUCGACGUCUCAUCCGGUGGGUCCGACUCGCGCCAGAAGAUUGAGUUCGUCGCGCCCGUGUACCAAGCGCACUUCGCGGAGGCCAUGAAGAAGGCACUCGGAGACCGCGUGCUGGUGGGUGCGGUGGGCGGGAUCAAGACUGGCACGCUCGCGCAGGAGGUGCUCGACAAGGGCCAGGCGGAUGUGGUUUUGGCUGGGACGGCUUUCUUGAAGAACCCCUCUGCGGUGGCGGCGUUCGCAGAGGACUUGGGCGUCGACAUCAAGUUGCCGAACCAGCUUGACUGGGUAUUCAACGGGCGGGGGAGUGUCUGGCGCUGGAGGAAGAAUUGGUACUACCGGAAAUGA